AUGCUACCCGAUUGGUUUCCAAAGGAAAGAUAUGAGAAGCCAUGGACUGUCUUCACCGACCUAAUUAAUGGAUAUGUCCGAGCCAGUCAAAUGUUGGAGGGCAAGGAAGAAAAUCCGGAAACCAAGGUGCCUUGGAACAAGGAGUAUCAUGACCCAUCACCUGAGUGGAAGGAAGUUGGACGGUUUGGGGGUUGGUGGAAGUGUAGGAUAGAAGAUGAAGAAGGCGAAGAAGGCGAAUCUGACGUCCCAGCCAUUGAGAGAAAAUGCCGGUUGUGCCACAGACGGAAGGCGGAAAAUGAUAGGUUGGCAGCAAAGAAAGUCGAGACUCUUAUGGAGAAGAAGCAGUCCAUAGAGGAUUGGAUCAACAAGCAUAUGAAGCAAGAGAUGGUGAAGGAUAGAGCAUACGUGAAAGCUCGGUUGGCGACGGAAGGAUUUUGA